AUGGCCCGACCGCAGGGAGGGCCAUAAUUUACCUGAAGGAUUAAAUGUACUUCAGUCGCAAGGUAUAUACGAUACUUUUCGUACUUCCGGUAUGAUUUUAUUAAUUAUUUCAAUAAUUUCAAUCAGUUUUUUCUCUCUUCAACUCAUUUAAUAAACUGUCUUUAAAAUAAGUUACCAUAGUAACAUUGCGUUGUGACAAUUAUAAUUUAGAAACAUUGUCAUUACUAGUGUCAUUGUAAAGAAACAUUGUUAUUGAUGAUUAUUGGUAUCAUGAGUGAAGAAGGUGUAUCUGAUAUUGAUAAAAGAGCAGCCGAAGUAGGUGAAGAAUUGUUACCACCGAAAUCUAGAAAACUAUACGAGCAGCAGUACGAUGCUUUUAAAAAGUGGUGCCGCUUAAAAAAUGUGAGACAACCUACUGAAAAUGCGCUGUUAGUCUACUUCAAUGAUAAAUCAAAAGCGGUUUGUGCCUCAACUCUCUGGGCACAUUACUCAAUGCUGAAAUCGGUUAUUAACAUUAGAGAAGAUAUUGAUAUAAGUAAAUUUCCAAAAUUAUUAGCUUUUUUGAAGAGAAGAAAUGAGGGAUUUAAGCCAAAGAAGUCAAGAAUUCUCACGUCUGAGCAGGUAGAUCAGUUCUUACGGGAGGCUCCGGAUGAUAAAUAUUUAAUGCUUAAGGUUGCACUUAUUUUGGGCGUUGCGGGAGCUUGUCGUGGAAAAGAGUUGGUUGAUUUAGAAAUCGACGAUGUGAGAGAUUUGGGCGAUUCCUUCCUAAUUGCGGUUAGAAACACCAAAAAUAAAAUUGACCGAAAUUUUGUGAUCAAAAAUUCAGAAAACAGUGCCAUCAGUUUUUUGGCGAUAUUUCGAAAAUAUGUUGCAUUGCGAAAGACAGGGACACCUCAUUCAAAAUUUUUUGUUCAAUACAUCAACAAAGAAUGUACUACGCGAGUAGUAGGAAAAAACAUGUUUGGUACAUUUCCACGGCAAAUAGCAGCUUUCUUGAAAUUAGAAAAUGCGACGUCUUAUACGGGACAUUGUUUUAGACGCACAUCUGCGUCUUUGUUAGCUGAUUCGGGAGCAACAAUAGACGUGCUGAAGAGACAUGGAGGAUGGAAAUCCUCCAACGUGGCCGAGGGAUAUAUUGAAUCGUCUAUUAAAAAUAAACAAAAAAUUUCAGAUAAAAUAUUUGGUCAAGUCGCCGAUUCGUCCACUAUAGUUAUGUCACAGUCCUCAUUCUCGCUUCCUGUUUCCGCAGGAUCUUCGAAACAAACACCAGUUCAAUAUGAAAAGGACCUAUCUGUUACUCGUCAGUUACCUGGUGCAUUAACCCAGGAAAGACUGGUCAAUAUGACGAACUGUCACAAUAUUAAUUUGAAUAUUAACGUUAAUUACCAUUCUAAUUAAUUAUAUUUUUCGAUAAAAUAUCCCUUAAAUUCGUUUGUUUGUGAUUUAAUCGUUCCGGGAGUUUCGUCAAUAUUUAAUCCCGGAGGGAUUAAAUGUGACACUUUAGUACCUGUCACAAGGGAGUGAAGUUGUCACUUUAGGCCCGGAAGUACGAAAAAAU